AUGAUCUCACACUCCCAGAUCCCUGGCGCAGGUAGUCACCGACGGCCACAGUACCGCCGGUCGCGCAACGGAUGCCUGACUUGUAAGAGGCGCAAAGUAAGGUGCAACGAGGAGAGGCCACGAUGCUAUCACUGUGAUCGGUUGAGUCUUGAGUGUGUGUGGAAAGGUUCCGGGCUCCAGCACCUCCCUCCUGCAGGGGCAAGAGCAGAGGAGCCUCAUGAAGCCGAUCAGGCCUCUUUGUCAGCCGACAUCUUCGACUUUGCACAGUCCAUUGUGGACGGCACUGCCGAUCUGUCAACAUUCCAGGACAUGUAUUUCCCGCCAUUGAACGAUCUUCCAGUCCCAGUGGAUGUCUUUCAGGAUCGGGGGUUGUCUCCCAACUCAGAGAGUAUGGGGUCAACGCCUGCGCCGUCGGGUUCCCCGGUUUCCAACGUCCAUGUAGAUGACUCGCUAAAACCAAAUCUACCCCCAAUCCUAGAUCCGAUUGAGAGCGGACCUAGAAGCACCUCGGCUAAGGAGUUGUUCCAUAGCCUAGCAACCUCGUCCCCGAUGGUUCGGUAUGCGAUUGCCGCGUUCACAAUGAUCCAGUCCUCGUCUACAGAGGGAAUGGUCGACUAUAAGCUAUACUACGACAAAGCAGCACGCGAAUUAUCGGAAUCAAUUCAGAACCCCAAUGGGCAACGAAUGUCCAGUGGUCAAAAGCUUCAACCUAUUCUGGCUACCAUAUUCUUCCUUACAUAUAUCGAUCUGUUGACGGGUCACCUAAAUUUGGCAUAUUUAAAUCUGGAGAAGGCUCACAAUGUACUCAGAGCGGCAGGUAUCGGCGGUUUGGGUCCUAUAGAACAGAGAAUUGUCUCUUGGAUUCGACUGCUCGACGCCCGAGCGGCGUCGGCUGGUGGGGAUGGUCUUCUGGUCGAUGACACAUCUGAUAUUAUCUACCAGUUGACCCCAAGGUCCCCUGGGUCCUCGUCCCAGAGCACUGACCCCCCAACCAACUCCGGUCCACACGAGGUUAUUUACGAAAUGCUUUGCCAGCCAGGGAUUGCUUUCUACCAAGAAGUUCAAACCAUCACGGUCCGUAUCACCAGGAUCGCGCACGCCCAUCGCAGCCGGGGAAGCGUCGAGGACGAAACGGAGGUAAUGGCCAUCGCGGCAGAUAUUCUUAAGGACCUAAAGUCCCUACAUGAUCGCCGGCCCGCUUUGAUGGAAUACGCCGUCUCCGGGAGUAUUGGAGAGGAUACGCUCGCAAAACCCCUUGCGUCGGCUAUUGUACGGUCGUUCCAGACGUACUUGGUGAACUUCUACGCCUGCUACGUCCACCUUCAUCGAGUUGCACACCGCCAUCUCGCUCGUUCAAAGUCUGUGACGAUGGCAAUACAAAGAAUCAGAGAGAUACUACAUCUCAUGGCCAGCACGAAUGAACACAUCCCGGUCAACGUGCUGUGGCCGUUGUUCCUGUGGGGUACUGAAGAAGAUGACCAGGAGGAAUGUCAAUGGAUACUGGCAACUAUUCGCAGCCUCCAUGAUAUUGCCUCGAAUGCAAACAUGGCCGCAAAUGUUGUACAGGAGAUCCAAAUGAGACAACGAGAAGCUGGGUCGCGGGUCGACAUUCGUUCUGUAUGCUUGGAAUUGUUUAACACUACGUUUGCAAUUGUUUGA